CAUCAAAUGAUAUUUGGCAAAGAUUACAUGACAACAGACUCUAGCAAGUCCAGAAACAAUUAUCACAUCAGUAGCAAAAGACCCACUAUUCCAAAACAAUAAAAUCUGAAAACAUUUAAUUUUUUGGCAAUUAAAAGAUUUUAUUAAUUACCUGUGAGAAUUACAAAACCAGGGGAGACUAAUCCAGAUCUGCCCCUCUCAGAAUAACACAGAAACAUCACCUACCAGUGUCUACUCUAUACCACCUCAUUCUAGACACAACUCCUACUACAAAGAACUAACAUACUCAUACAGGACUCUAUUGUUUCUAACUCUAAUAAUAAUACAUAGAGCAAUCCUCAGUGAGUGCACUAGAUCCUCUGCAAUCCUGCAUUUGUGCUGAAAUACUCUUCCAUUUCUUUCAAUCCACACAUCAUAUACCAUAGCCGCAAACCCAGCUUUAAGAAGCUUGCAUCUUGCACUCUAUCCUUUGUUCCUUUCUAGCAAUAUAGUCCAUGCUAUGCAUAAGGGGCUGUCCUCCAAAGCUUCUUUUGUCUCCUAUCAAUUCUCUGUGUUUGCCAAAUAUGGAGUAGCUCUCUAAAAUUAGAUGGCAUUACCGAUUGAACUUCAAAAAUGCAUAAAAAUAUAGAUCAAAUCUGCCAAGAAAAGCUACAAUGAAGUAGAGCAAGUGAUCCGUCGAUUCCCUAGCAUUCUCACAUAAAAAGCACCUGCUGCAAAGAUGAACUCCUUUCUUCUGCAGCCUAUCCUGCGUUAAACAUGCUCCGGGAGCAGCAAGCCAGCCAAAACAGGCCACUUUGUGAUGGAAGAAAAAAGUGUGGAUGCAGCAGCAAUGGAUCACAUAUCCAAAUUGCCAGAACCAAUUCUGCAGAAAAUCAUGUCUUUCCUUCUUGUUAAAUAUGUUGCACAAAUGAGUACAUUAUCCAAGACUUUGUAUGGUGCUUCGAGUUCCCUCUCAUACUUAGAUUUUGGUGAUGAAUUUCUCAAUCAUAAAUAUUUCCGCCCUAUACCAAAAUUAGACAUACCAAAGUUUGUGAAUAUUGUGGAUCAAAUUCUAGUAAAUCGGCAGAAGAAGAAGAUUCUAUACAGAAAUUCCGGCUAAAGUUCCCACGUUAUCAUCUAAGCUGGAGCUCUUAUAUGCAUAAUUGGAUAAAGACACUCGUCGCGUGUAAUAUCAAAGAGUUGAUUUUCAUGUAGAGUACUCACCUCGUGAUGAUAAUUACUUCCCUUUGCCCGAAAUAAUGUUUGCUGCUCAAGAACUAAAUGUUCUUGAUUUACGCGAACUUAAGCUGGAAUUGCCCCAUGAUGGCAUAAAGUUUUCAUCUUUGCGAAAGUUGAAGCUCUCUCGCAUGUUUUUGGACGAGCACUUUAUUCGAGCUUUAUGUGCUAGCUGCAUUUGUUUAGAGGAACUAACUUUACAUCAAUGUCGGGGUCUUGCCAGUUUUCAAAUUACUGGACCCAAACUGAGGAGUGUUUGGUUGAAUCAGUUUUUUCAUGAAAUCAAGACGUUAGAUACCGUAGCACCUAAUCUUGAAAAUCUUCACAUCGCGGGCAAUAGUCGGGACCUGCUAGAAGCAAUUAAAAUAUCUGCUUGCAAAGCCUUGAAAAGUUUGCACCUCAAUUGUGUGGGUGUUACUGACGAACAAGACAUUUUUUCAAGCCUAUCCAAUCUUGAAACCUUGCACUUAUUCCAUUGCAAUGCAUUGAAGACAAUGAAGAUGUCAAGUGACAGGCUCGAGUGUCUUGUAGUAAGGUGGUGCAGAAAUCUUAUUGAUGUUGAACUAGAUACUCCUAAUUUAACAAUUUUCUCAUAUACUACUCAUUAUGAUCCUCAAUUGCCAACACUCAAAUUGAAAGCUUCAAUGUUGCUAAAAGUUCAGCUCGGAUUGUACCCGGCACAGAGUACAUGGUUUGAUAGUCAUUGGUAUUCUAAGCUCUUGAAAUUUCUUGGCAACUUCAAUCAGUCGAAGGCUAUUGAUUUAUCGUGUGACAGUGAAAAGGUGAUAGUUAUACCCAAAGACAUGAGAAAAAACUUGGUUCCUCCCUUGUAUGGUACUGAUUCCUUGCAUAUAGAAUUUGUGUGUGUAAAAAAUCAAAAUUACUCAGUUGUGGACGUUCUUGAUAGUUUGCUUUGGAUUUUUCCUCAACUGAGUACCCUGUCUUUCUCCCGGUGUACAAAGUUGAGUACCCUGAAGUUUAUAUAUCAUGGCGAUGCAAUAGAUGAAGAUUAUGAGAAAAUUUGUUGUGCGUCUCUACUUCUGAAACGACGUUGGAGGCAUAAUAAGUUGAAGGAAGUCCAGAUGGAAAACUUUGAAGGUGCGGAGAAACGGAAGUUGAGAAAUUAUCUUUCACUUAUGAUAAUUUCUCGGAUUCUCCAACAACGCCGACAACGUAUCCGUGCCAGUUCCCCCAAAAAUACACAACACACGCACAUGGCGGUACUUUUGAGGAAUCCGAAUAAUAUAAGGUACAUCAGAGAUGAUUUGACGUUCCCCAACAACUGCAGCCUUUGAAUCUUGUGUUUUAUAGGACUUUUACUAUUACUAACAGUGGGGCCUACUCUUUCUUUUUCGGGUUAUAACAAUGUUGGGAUUUUUUCUGCAUCUUACUAUUGUUUAUACAUUUUCAUAAUGUAAUAGGCUCAUUACAUGAGUUGAUUUAUGAUGAGUAUUAGAUU